AUGACAACCACGUCUCGCAGAACGCCUGGACUCGAAUCCUCUCUCAAGAAUCUUGCCAUUUCGUCUUCCGCCAAACCCAAGACCUCUAAAGCUGUUGCCGACACCUGGGAAGACGUUGCUUCUCCAUCAACCUCCUCCAAUUCCACUACUCCCUCACCGCCCUCUACUCCCACUGACGCAACCCCUGGUCCUCCGCCGCCGACGCCCAUCUCUCCAACUUCCUCCCACUCACGCAAGAAAAGUACAGACUGGUCGACGUUUGCAAGUGCCUAUACCUCAAAAUCCUCAAGUAGUACGCCUCGGUCUUCUACGGGCCCAGAAAAGAGACCGGAGAAAUCAUCUGCGGCGGCCGGACGCUUGAUUGCAGGGGCGCUAGGUGUAAAGCCACCGAAGAAGACUGAGGAAAGCAAAGCGUAUGAGCGGGCUGUGAGGGAGAAGGAGCGGAAGAGAAAAGAGGUGGCCAAAGACGAGGUGGGGAAGGCUGAGAGGGAGAGGGAGGAGGCGAGGAGGGCGAUCUGGGAGGGUUGA